ACAAGAAGGAUAAAUAAUUAUUCCUAUAUAAACUACACACCUUGAACUUAUUGUCUUCUCUUCUUCACAGCAUGUAAGUAAAUAACAAAAGAGAAAGAUGGGAUUUUUGACGAUUUUGAAGAAGCUACGACAAAAGGAGAAAGAAAUGAGAAUUCUUAUGCUUGGACUAGAUAACGCAGGUAAAACAACAAUUCUGAAACGUUUCAAUGGCGAGCCUAUAGACACCAUAUCCCCCACACUGGGCUUCAAUAUCAAAACACUGGAGCACCGGGGAUACAAACUAAACAUUUGGGAUGUCGGAGGUCAAAAAUCUCUCAGGUCAUAUUGGAAGAACUAUUUUGAGAGUACAGACGGUGUAGCGUGGGUGGUGGACAGUGCAGACGCUCGGCGGCUGGCGGACUGUGCCAGGGAGCUGCACUCCCUGCUUCGGGAGGAGCGGCUGGCCGGCGCCACACUGCUGGUUCUGGCCAACAAGGCCGACCUGCCUGGGGCACUCACCUUACAGGAGAUCAGAGAGGCUUUAGAUCUGGACAGUAUUAAGACUCACCACUGGCGUAUUAUCCGCUGCUCUGCAGUGACAGGAGAGAACCUCCUAGAGGGAAUGGACUGGAUGCUGGAUGACAUCGCUUCCAGAAUAUUUACACUAGAUUAAUCUACUAAUUGCAUUAAAUAUUUUGUAACUGAUUACAGCAUAAAAUGCAUUCCGAAAUUUAUGUAUCAAUACCUACUUAUUCGUAGAUCAAUACUAUAUUAUUGGUAUUUUAAAAGUAAUAACUUCUUUAAUUCUUGUAUUUAAUAAAAUAAUCUGCAAUGCUUAAAUUUUUAGUAGGAAUGAGAAAACUGAUCUCUAACUUUGUUAACUGAAGCUGUAUUUAUUUUUAAUAAAUUUUGUAAUAACACAA